GGAAACUACACGUGAUUCUUGUCUUCUGCUCCGUGUUAUUCACUCCGGUCACAUUGGACGGCAUUUAUAACAAUACGCUAGAUAAUUCGACUGUUGUCCCUGACAAUCCGACAGCAAUGAAUGAUGGCACGAGUUCUGCAGUCAGCGAUACAAUUAAUCGUUCAUCUGAUAAGAAGCUAUCAAAUCAAGAAAUUCAGUCAUUAAUAAUAGACCAAUUAUUAGUCGGUUACGAUAGGAGAAUACGUCCCUUUGCAGAUGAAAAACCUGUAAUUGUUCACUGUGACAUGUAUAUCACAAGCUUUGAUACAAUUAAAGAGACAACUAUGGACUAUCAGGUAACGUUGUAUUUUCGUCAGUAUUGGCAAGAUCCCCGACUAAGUUUCAAUCACACUCAAGCUAUUGUUUUAGCGGACGAGCUCAGAGAGCGAUUCUGGGUUCCCGAUCUAUUUUUCGUAAAUGUCAAGCAGGCUGACUUCCAUUACGUUACAAGGGACAACCAGUUCUUCCGAUUGCACCCGAAUGGGGAUAUACUGUACAGUCUACGACUAAGUUUAAGACUUUCUUGUCAUAUGGACCUAAGACAAUUUCCAAUGGACAUACAGAACUGUGGCAUUCAAAUUGAACCAUACGGUUACACUACAAACGAUUUAUUGUUACAUUGGUCGGUAGAGAAACCUGUCGAUCAUGACGACAAUAUGGUAUUGGCACAGUAUAAAUUGACAGGAUAUCGAAUAACAGAGAUAGACAAUGAUUGGUUGGUUACAGGUUCAUUCGCGCACAUCGAGGUUCAUUUUGUCCUGAUACGUGAGCUGGGCUACUACAUUCUACAGACGUACGUACCUAGCAUACUAUUAGUCGUGGUAUCGUGGGUCUCGUUUUGGGUUGAUGUCAGUGCGGCUCCGGCUCGUGUGGCGCUGGGAAUUACCACUGUGCUCACUUUCACUACGAUGAGUUCUGGCGUCAGCUCACAACUCCCGAAAGUUGUUUAUGCCAAGGCUAUUGACGUUUGGUUGGCGACAUGUUUGAUCUUUGUCUUCGCGGCGUUAUUGGAGUUUGCACUGGCUAAUUAUCUUCAUGCUCUCGGGCAAGAUCGUCAGACUUUGAGUAACUUCUUCAAGGGUCAGAACAAGAAAGAACUUGCUGACUCAAUAGACGCAUAUGAUGUCAUGGAAACGGAAUUUAACCGGGGAAGUGCCGAUACAAUACUGAGUGAUGACGAUGGACUGAGCACUAAAAAUGGAAUCAGGAAUGGCGUGUACACAAUCGAGAAUGACCAAUCAGCGCGCAAGAAAUUCAAAGACUUCACUUCCAAAAGAAAGAAUUUCGCACAGAACCGGCGUUACAGUCGAGAUCAGAGGGGAAACGUCCAGAGGCGGGGGAGCAAUUACAAACUUGCAACAGCAUUGGCGUAUCAAAAAAACGGUAUUGAAACAAACUUAUCCGACAGCCUGUAUGCCGAGGGAAUGCGAAUAAAAAACAAAGCCAUUAGGAUUGAUAUGAUUUCUAGGUUCCUGUUUCCUCUUUUGUUUCUUGUGUUCAACGCGAUCUACUGGCCAAUGUACAUGACAGAUCUGAUUUUCACCAGAAACGACACGACAACUUGAGUUACCAUGACCGAAUAUAUACCAAUUGGCCGGUUAUGACGUCACAAGAAAUGAAUGUUCUGAGGAUACAUGUAAAUUCCAACCCUUACCAAAUAGGGUAAAUGCAUUCUAUUGAAAAAAUAAAUUAUUCUUUUUCACCAA